AUGCGAGCCCUAUCGCGCUACCUUCGACAGCUUCCGCUCUGGCUGGUCAUGGUCAGUAGCCUGGUCCAGGCUAAUCUCAACAUCCAAGUCAAUGAUGCUGACUCCCUUGCGACGGCCGGCACGUCCAUCGCCGACCCGUUGAUGACCUUUUACAAACAAAAUCAAACCGAAGGAAUCCCCGGAAAACUCACCGACACAUGGUACAUUGCCGGUAGCAUGUUCAUGACCCUCAUUCAAUUCUGGCAAGCCUCCGGCGUCGAUACCUACAAUUCCGUCGUCUCGCAUGACCUGAUGUUCCAGGCCGGCGAGAACUACGACUUCUUCUCCGCCAACUACAGUCAAUGGCUGGGUAACGAUGACCAAAUGUUCUGGGGACUGGCUGCCAUCACUGCUUCCGAGGCUGGCCUCCCGGAGCGGGACGGCAAACCGUCUUGGACCUCGCUUGCACGCGCGGUGUUCAACAUGCAGGUUAACCGCUGGGACAACGAUACCUGCAAUGGCGGCAUGCGGUGGCAGGUGUGGCCGUAUCAGGCGGGGUAUACAAUGAAGAACGCCAUUUCGAACGGAGGACUGUUUGAGCUGUCGGCCCGACUUGCCCGCUUCACCAAGAAUGAAACCUAUGCUGAAUGGGCGGAGAAGAUCUGGGACUGGUCCUCCACAACGCCGCUACUGAAUACGAACCUCACUAUUUGGAACAUUGCCGAUUCGACCUCCAAUGAGGCCAACUGCAAAGAUGCGGGUAACAACCAAUGGACAUACAACUACGGAACAUAUUUAUCCGGAGCGGCUUUCAUGUAUAACUACACCAACGGAAGCGAAAUAUGGCAGGAGCGCGUCAGCCGGUUGCUUGAUGCGACCUUCGCUAAGUUCUUCCCGACCCAGUUCAGCAGCCCCGACUACGGCAACGGGACGGUUCUGUCGGAGGUGGCGUGCGAACCGAUUCUGUCGUGCGAUCGCAACCAGCUCGGCUUCAAGGGCUAUGUUGCCAUGUGGUUGGCGUUCACGGCGAUCCUGGUGCCCUCCAAGAGAGAUCUCAUCGCCCCCAAAUUGGCAGGAUCAGCCGAGGCCAUCGGUUUGCAGUGCUCGGGUACGGCCAAUGGAAUGAGCAACCUGUGUGGUGUGCGAUGGUACCAGCCGGGGUGGGACGGCUCGCUGGGACUCGAAGUCCAGAUGAGCGCGCUGGGUGGCGUUACCUCGCAGCUGAUGCUGCUGGCCAGUGACUCGCCGAAGACGAUCGAAACCAACCCCAACGCAACGGAGCACCACAUCGACACGAGCGCCGACGAGAGAAACCCGUCGGAGUCGAAGCCCAUCACGACCGCCGAUCGCGCGGGGGCGUGGAUCCUCACGCUGAUGUUGGGAGGCGGCGCGAUUGGAUGUGUGGGGUGGCUAAUUAAGACACAAUAG